CAGAUGACUGCGAGGUUCGAGGCCAUGCCAGCGCAGCACAGUCCAGCAAGACCCCCCACACCUGUGAUGUUUGUUUGAAGAACUAUUCAACAAGAAGCAAUUUACUGAGGCACAUGCGAACUCAUACACGCUCAUUUAACUCAUUUAGCUGUGACACAUGCUCAAAGAAUUUUUGUACAAAAGAAUUCAUACAGGUGAGAAACCAUAUAGCUGUGAUGUUUGUCCAAAGAAUUUUAUAUGUAAAAGCCAUUUGUCUAAACACACUUUAAGAGUCCAUACAGCCGAGAAACCAUUUAGUUGUGACAUUUGUCCAAAGAAAUUUUCUACAAAACAAGAUUUGACUAUACACACAGCAAAAGUUCAUACAGCUGAGAAACCAUUUAGUUGUGACAUUUGUUCAAAGAAAUUUUCUCAGAAAAACUAUUUGACUGUCCACACUAGAGUUCAUACAGGAGAGAUACCAAUUAGUUGUGACAUUUGUCCAAAGAAAUUUUCUACAAAACAAGCUUUGACUUUACACACUAGAGUUCAUACAGGAGAGAAACCAAUUAGUUGUGACAUUUGUCCAAAGAAAUUUUCUACAAAACAAGCUUUGACUGUACACACUAGAGUUCAUACAGGCGAGAAACCAUUUAGUUGUGACAUUUGUUCAAAGAAAUUUGUAGUGAAAAAUAAUUUGACUUUACACAUAAGAAAUCAUAUAGGCACCAUAUAG